AUGAAUUUUCCAUGUGGACCGUUAGAUACGAUCCAAUUAAUUGCGCUUAUUUUAUUCGCACUUCUUACUUUACAAUGUCUAUUAGGUAUUGGUCUUGGCAUUGGAUUCCUUCUUCAGCCACCAUUGUAUAAUACUAUUGUUGAUCUUAAUUCUGCUUUUGAUAAACAAACAUAUUUUUCGAUUUAUGCACCUCAUAUACUUUUGAUAAUCGGUAGUGGUUUAGUAGCUAUACCGAUUAUUUUAGGUAUAGUUGGUAUAUUACGACGUCGUUGGCUUUAUUUAAUGAUUUGUCUUGCUUUACUAUCACUUUAUAUGGCAUGUUUAUCAGGUGCUGUUGCAUCAGGUUUUGCUUAUUAUGAUCAACUUAAACAAAAUCUUCAAAAUGAUGCUUCAAAUUAUUCAACAAAUCUUAUUUGGACAUCAAUUCGUUCAACAUAUAAUUGUACUAUCAAUAAUUGUGUUUCAACAUUAGACGAUAUUAUGCAUGCAAAUAAACAACGUAUUGGUAUUAUUUCAUCAGUUUUUCUACUAGUGCCAUUAUUAACAAGUAUUAUUAUCAUAUUUCAUAUGCGUCGGGAUCUCAGACAACCUAAUUUUAACGAUCGAACUAAGUUGAUUAAAGUAUAUGCAUGUCGUCUUCUUAUUAUUAUCAAAAUCGUUAUAAUUAGUAUGGACAAUCAUGUAACUAUACUUAUUCAUACAAUACUUAAACAACGAUGA